CUCCAACACAGGUCACACCACUGACGCAACCUGGGCGUGAAAAGUGCCGCCAUGGUGAAAGACAUUUUUGGUCGAGAUCGCUUUCAUUGCACCAACGCAGGAUGUAAAUGUGACGAGUUCCAAAGCGAAGCUCAAAGAGAUAUUGCGAAAGCAGAAGAUGAUGGGAUUAGCAUGGAGGAGAUGGAGUCCAAGUACCACUCCAUGACCUGUCAAGCCAAAUCCAUGUACCAGCUCACUUGUGUAUGUGGCCAUGAUGCCAACGAGCACUCACAGAAGCAGAAUGACUCAGGCCCAACGCUAUCAGAUGAGAUCUUUCUGGAAGAUGCGGUCGCGUGGAUGCCGCUGCAGGGCGUCUGCUUGCGCAAGGAUGGCGCAGAUCCACGGGGUGUGGCAACCAGGGUAGCAACUCGCGUACUGAGGACUCCUGAGAUGAAGAUGUGGAAGAAAAUGCCCAAAGUCUUCCAUUGCACCGAACGACGCUGGCGAGGUCCCCGUGGAGGUCUAUGGGCGGAACUGGAUGGAUCGACGCAUCCCGUUGGGUGGGUGCUGAUAGAAGGUGCCCCAAAAGAGUUGAAGAUCGAGGGCCCGCUGCUGCGACCAGUAGAGCCGGUGGUGGAAAACCAACGCGGCAGAUGGGGUGCAGACAUGGUGGAAGAUAAUCCCAGAGCUCCUAGGGUUGCCCUUUGGCCCGGCGGCCGCGCACAGCGCGUCUACGCUGCAACUGGGGCUUCCUGCCAGGCUGUGGCAGGUAUCUGUGGAGCCUUGUUGGCGUGCUGGAGGCUGACACCGGGGUCAACCUUGGUCAAUGGCAUGGUGUGCACCGGCGCAGAAGGCCAUGGGUGUCCGAGUCAGCCUUGGGCCUUGGGUGUCCGAAAGAAUGGCAGGUCCGUGGCGUCGACGACACGACGUGUCUUAGAUGUGUCCAAGGCUCGUAUACCUCCAUCGACAGCCGUGAUUGAUUUCGCCAUCCGAAACGGUAUUCAGCCCUUGCUGGGUACUUGCAUGAAUCAACAGCCAGACGGCGAAGGAGAGAUUGAACUCCUUUGCAAGCUGCGCGACUUGCACAUCACCGUGCGUGGGCCAUCAGCAUCAGCAACCAGCUUUAUCAGGGACAUCACUGCUCGUCCUGCUGCUUCUCCUCCUCGCCGUGCUCUUUCCGAGGGAUCUUUUGACUUGGUCUCUGAGGCUGAGCUGUCUACGAGAUUGCCUUCCCGUGUGGAGUCAAGGGAUCAGAUCGCUGCUUCUUUUGAGCGCUGCCCUAGCUAUCUCGAGAAGAACGCCAAGAAGCUCAGCGGCUCUACGGUCUCCGGAUCGGAGCGUGUCAAGCGGGCGUGGACUGCUGGUCAGUGGGCUGGUGCUGUGUUGGCUGGGCGGAUUUCUACUCCCAACAGGACACCGCAGAUUGACCUGCGACCAAGAUACUACGCUGUGCUCAGGGCUUCUGGUUUGGGAAAGGCGACAGUCUUUAGAUCGGCUCGAUCAUACUGGCAGCUGGUGGGAGAGUUGGAAGGCUCGUCCUCAGUCUCUCACUCCUUCCCUUCAGAGCAGGUGGCAACAGAGGCUCACACCUCCUAUGUCCUCUCAUGGCUACUAGGGGAGGACGACGAUGGGGAGGCAGAAUGCUCGGUGCAUGUGCUUAUGAAGCGAGAAGGUGGUGUCCUUUUAGCUUUGCCCGGCGCAUUUUUGCCGGAGGGGAUUGUUUCCGCAGGGAACCUCGGCGAGGAAGGUGCGGUUUUUGGUCCUUCCUUCAGAACAAUCGUCCCCGCAGUUUUGGUGGAAGACGGCGUGGUGUCAAACACAGGAGACAAUGUAGAGGUGCUGGUGGUGGACUGCCUUCCAGAAGUCUUGAAUCAUAUGAGACGGCAUCACGCCUCAGAGGAGAUAGCAUUUUCCUACGACGAGGACGCUCCAUUCAAUGUGCCCUCGUUGGAUGCCCUGAUGCCUGCAGUUCGGUCUUGGUUGGAAGGUGUCCCAGACUUAGCAUCGUUUUACACGCCAGAGGAGGAAGACCUGACGCCUGUGGCACGCCCCAAAAGACAGCCAGGAAAGAAGGCUACGCCUACCGGAAGUGGCGUAAAACCCAGAAGACCUACUACAGCGGCCCUGGCAGUGGAGAUACAACAACUGGUGGAGUUCAUGCCAAAGCUCUCUCAACAGCUUGCAGAUCUGUCCCAGAGGCAGGACCUGGUGGAGUCAAGGAUUUUGCCAUACCAAUCAGCAUCUUCAAUAGCAUCUCAACCACUGGGGAAGGCUUUGGAUUUACAGCCUCCUCCACCAUUGGGUGCAUUGGCAAAAGCUGUGGGAGUCCCUCCACGGACAGCUACGGGUCAGAGCCUUGGUUUGUUGGCAUCAGUAUCGCCGCCCUCAAAGCCUGUGGAUGUGGAGGUGCUGGAAGCAGAGAAGCCGGGCCUAGCCACUGGGUUGUCCCGGAGCGAAGACUCCUCGUUAGCCCAAGCGGUGUUGGAACAGUCCCGGGCCCUUACCUCCCUUGCGGCUCAAAUUGCAUCACAGCAUGGGGACCCUAUAGCAGAAUUGAGUGGCCCGACAACGGGCACCAGAGGAGCAGCUGGGCGUGCGAAGCUCCAGGCGGAGCUAGCACUUCACCGGGGGACCUUUUUCCAAGCAGUCCAGCAGCAGAUGGCGAGGCGCAUGGCACCAACUUCCUCAGCAGAUAUGGCCCCCUCGGCCCUUCUCUCCCGUGGCAUCUCUGGCCUGCGCUACCUAGAGAGAUUCGGUGGCUACGGACGCCAGAGGGAACUUGGCCAGCUGCAGUUUCAGGUGAUGACAGCCUUCGACUUUCUCAUGGAGGAGAAUAUUCCAGCUGCCAAGGACACUAUUGCCCUCCUGGCAGUCUCCAUAGAGCAGUCAUGCCUGGACAAUGGCAGAAUGGACCUUGCGACCCUCUUGUGCUUACAGGAAGACCCUCCCAGCGCAAUUUUCCAGAACAGGGUCUUGUCGGCCACAAGCCGGGCGAGGUCUUUCGCUCCUUUAGCGGAUCAACGCUGGGUCACUUCGUCGCUAGCCUUCCUGAAGGAAAUGGAGGUCAUCACAUCGAAGAGGGCCGAGUUGACAGGGGCUACCAAGUCCACUUCAGACACUACGUCAGAUGCGCCAAAGCCGAAAGCCAAGCCUCAGCCAAAGCGAAAAGGCAAAGGAAAAGGCCAGGCACCAAACGAGGAGGCCGAGCCAAGCACCUAG